CUCUCUGUCUUUCAGUCUGCUCACCAGGAGAAGGGAAGGAGUGCAGAGGAGGAGUUCACACAGCCGUGCUGAGUGUUGGGCAAAAGCCAACCGUGACUUUAACUCAGUAAAAUCUCACGUCUCGAGGCUCUAACUGAACAAGAUGUCUAAAGGUCCAGCAGUAGGAAUUGAUCUGGGAACCACAUAUUCCUGUGUGGGAAUCUUUCAACAUGGCAAAGUGGAGAUCAUUGCUAAUGACCAAGGAAACAGAACCACACCCAGUUAUGUGGCCUUUACUGACACAGAGAGACUCAUCGGAGACGCUGCCAAGAAUCAGGUGGCCAUGAACCCUUCUAACACCGUGUUUGAUGCCAAGCGCCUGAUUGGCCGCAAGUUUGAUGACGCUGUGGUUCAGUCUGACAUGAAGCACUGGCCUUUCAAGGUUGUGAACGACUCCUCCAAACCCAAGAUGGAAGUUGAAUAUAAGGGGGAGAUUAAGACCUUCUUCCCUGAGGAGAUUUCCUCCAUGGUUCUCACCAAAAUGAAGGAGAUCUCCGAGGCUUACCUGGGCAAGCCUGUGACCAAUGCAGUUAUCACUGUUCCAGCUUACUUCAAUGACUCUCAGCGUCAGGCUACUAAAGAUGCAGGAACCAUCGCUGGACUGAAUGUUCUCCGGAUUAUCAACGAACCCACAGCUGCAGCCAUUGCUUACGGCCUGGACAAAAAGGUUGGUGGCGAGCGUAACGUCCUCAUCUUCGAUCUCGGAGGGGGCACUUUUGAUGUGUCAAUCCUGACAAUUGAGGACGGCAUCUUUGAGGUCAAGGCCACAGCCGGUGACACCCACCUGGGCGGCGAGGACUUUGACAACCGCAUGGUCAACCACUUCAUCACGGAGUUCAAGCGCAAGUUCAAGAAGGAAAUCACCAACAAUAAGCGAGCCGUGCGGCGCCUGCGUACAGCAUGCGAGCGCGCCAAGCGCACGCUCUCCAGCAGCACCCAGGCCAGUAUUGAGAUUGACUCCCUCUAUGAGGGCACAGACUUCUACACCUCCAUCACCAGGGCGCGCUUCGAGGAGCUCAACGCAGACUUGUUCCGAGGUACCCUUGAGCCAGUGGAGAAAGCCCUGAGGGACGCCAAGAUGGACAAGAGCCAGAUCCAUGACAUUGUGCUUGUGGGUGGUUCCACUCGCAUUCCCAAGAUUCAGAAACUCCUGCAGGACUUUUUUAAUGGCCGAGACUUAAAUAAAAGCAUUAACCCUGAUGAGGCUGUGGCCUACGGUGCAGCCGUGCAGGCAGCCAUCUUGGCUGGGGAUAAAUCUGAGAAUGUCCAGGACUUGCUCCUGCUGGACGUCACCCCUCUGUCGCUGGGAAUCGAGACAGCUGGAGGAGUGAUGACUGUCCUUAUCAAAAGGAACACCACUAUUCCCACGAAACAAACCCAGACCUUUACCACCUACUCAGACAACCAGCCUGGCGUACUCAUUCAGGUUUAUGAAGGGGAAAGAGCUAUGACCAAGGACAACAACAUCUUGGGCAAGUUUGAACUGACUGGUAUUCCACCUGCUCCCAGAGGAGUCCCGCAGAUUGAGGUAACCUUUGACAUCGACGCCAACGGCAUCCUCAACGUGUCAGCAGUGGACAAAAGCACUGGAAAGGAAAACAAGAUCACCAUCACCAAUGACAAAGGACGACUGAGCAAGGAGGACAUUGAGCGCAUGGUGCAGGAGGCAGAGCAGUUCAGAGCUGAGGAUGAGAGUCAGAGAGACAAGAUCACAGCCAAAAACUCCUUGGAGUCUCUGGCUUUCAACAUGAAAAGCACGGUGGAAGAUGAGAAACUUCAAGACAAAAUCAGUCCCGAAGACAAAAAGACCAUUGUGGACAAGUGCAAUGAGAUCAUCGCCUGGCUGGACAAGAACCAGACGGCAGAGAAAGAUGAGUACGAACACCAGCAGAAGGAACUGGAGAAGGUGUGCAACCCAAUCAUUUCUAAGCUGUACCAGGGUGGUAUGCCUGGAGGAAUGCCAGGAGCGGCGCCAGGGGGGUUCCCUGGUGGAGCUGGAGCCUCCUCUGGCCCAACUAUUGAGGAGGUCGACUGAAACAACUUCCAUUAAAUUCAGAUGAAGGCUCAACUUUGCCGGAAUUAUUGCAGUAAUGUGGCAUGAUAACAACAGGUGUAACUUGUUGCAAAAAAAGUGCAUAAAAAACUUAAUUUUGCUCAAAGCAUUUUAAGGAUUCUUACCAACAUGCAAAUUAUGUUAUGAUGUUUCAUUGAUGCAAUAAAAGCUUGCAAUGUUCA